CCAAAACAGGGAUAGGUUGUGGGUGUGAAUUAGCCAUUAGUUCCGUUGUUGAUCAACAAAGCUCGAUGAUCCCAACAACGUGUCUGUCGUUUCUCGUUUGUUUUGAUUGAAGGAGAACAAGUGCACAUUCAGCCUUUCUCCCUCUCAUACUUAUUCUCAUCAUUCAUGCAUCAUGUCGGCGGCAACUAAAAAAUCGUCGAGCCUGUUAGACUUCGAAGGCUCGAAUUUCCUGCGAUGUCGUCUGGUCCUGGCCACUUUGAGAGGGCGAUCCAUUCGGAUUACCAGGAUCCGCGAUCAGGAUCUCAAUCCGGGUUUGCGCGAAUACGAAGCCUCCUUCAUCCGACUCAUGGAUCAGAUCACCAAUGGAUCCCGCAUCGAAGUCAAUCAAACCGGUACCAGACUCACCUACCAACCAGGAUUGCUCAUGGGUGGCAAAGUGGAGCAUGAUUGUAAUCUGGAGCGCGGCAUCGGCUACUUCUUGGAACCCAUGCUCCAAUUAGCUCCAUUCUGCAAGCAUCCCCUGCAUUUGAUCUUCCGGGGCGUGACCAACAAUCAGAUCGACCCCUCCCCGGAUCUCCUACGAUUGAGCGCCCUGCCCGUGUUAAAAAGAUAUCUGAUCGUCGACGAGGGUCUGGAACUCAAAGUUACGAAACGGGGUGCGGCCCCGGAAGGUGGCGGGCAGGUAGUGUUCAAAUGUCCCAUUCGACGCAGUUUCCGCGCCAUGCAAUUCACGGACAUGGGCAAGAUCAAGCGAAUCCGGGGCUCGGCUUGGGCCGCCCGAGUGUCUCCGGCCAUGUCCAACCGGAUUGUGGAAUCCGCCAAAGGUGUCCUGCUAAAGUUUAUCCCGGAUAUCUACAUUCACACCGACAGCUACAAGGGCGCGGCUUCGGGUAAAUCGGCCGGUUUCGGUCUGGUACUGACGGCAGAGACCACAACGGGGGCGUUCCUAAGUGCGGAGGUGUGCUCCAAUGCCAAAGGCAAGGAGCAAGUGAGUGUGCCCGAGGACUUGGGAGUCCAAGGCGCCAAGUUAUUAUUGGAAGAGAUCUUUCGAGGGGGUUGCGUCGACUCGACCAAUCAAAGUCUCAUGCUCCUCUUCAUGACCUUGAGCCAAAGGGACGUGUCCAAGUUGGUGACGGGCCCGCUUUCCAACUACACGGUCCAUUUCCUCCGCCACAUCAAGGACGUAUUCGAAUUGAGGUUCAAGUUGGAAACCCACGAGUCCGAAGAGAAAGAAGAGGGACUCCGUGUGGGUUGUGAUAAGGUCAUGCUCACUUGUCAAGGCAGUGGUUAUAUCAAUCUAAGUAAACGAACCACUUAAGAUCAAAUAUACGAUUCACCGCCCCUCAA